AUCGCCAGUGCGCAUGCGCCAGGGGCGCUUCUGCUCCGGUUCGUGGGUUUUUCUCCGGUUCUGCUGGUUCUAAAGGCUCAAAGUGAGCAGAACCGGGUCGGUCCAGCUGAGAGGAAGGAGCGGAGGCCGAACAGCUGAUGGAGAUGAAGCGAUAGGAGCUAAAGGAGCGACUGGAAGCAGCAGGAAGGAGGCAGGAACAUGGAUGCUGCCUCUGGGCUCCAUGUUCAGAUGGAAACUUCAGCGUUUCCUGCAGACGUUCAUCAGAUCCUGGUGGUUAAAGAAGAGGCUCCUGAGGAGGAGAGUCUGAAUGUGGAUCAGCAGGAGGCGGAGGAGCCCCCCCACUUCAAGGAGGAACUGGACCGACUGCCCAACAUGAAGAAAGAGUCUGCAGCUCCCAUCAGGGACGACGAUGACGAUGAUGAUGAUGAGCAGAAGUCUCUGUUCUCACAGCUUCAUCAGCACCAAACAGAAGACGAAGAUCUUCCAACCAGCAGCUCAGCGGAUGGACUGAAGGAAGAAACCGAUGAAUCCAGCAGGAACCUAAAGACUCCAGAUGAAGAUCCUGAGAAGAAGCUUCCUGGUUCAGACCAUCAGGACCUGGAGCUCCUCCACAUCAAGCAGGAGGCUGAGGAGGAGCAACCAUGGAGCAUUCUGGAGGGAGAGCAGCUCCCCAUGGAGGAGGAGACCCAUCCCACCAGGUUCCCACUGAAUGUGGUCCUGAUGAAGAGCGAGGAUGAGGAAGAGAAGCCUCUGUUCUCACAGCUUCAUCAGCAGCAACCAGAAGAACGAGAUCUUCCAACCAGCAGCUCAGCGGACCUGAUGAAGGCUGAGACCGAUGAAGACGGUGGAUCCAUCCGGAACUCUGACACCUCCAGCUCCUCAGAGACGGAGGUCAGCGAUGAAGAGGAGGAUGGAGGGAGUCAGCCAGACUCUCAGCUCCAACAUCUGUCAGCAUCUGGGUCUGAAACUGAAGGCAAUGAGAAGGACCUGAAGGAGAGCAGAUCUGCCGAGUCAGAAGGAGCAGAUGUCAGCGAGUCCCUGAGCUGCUCUGCCUGCAGCCAACAGUUCAGCAACAAGCGCCGCCUGCAGAGACACAUGGCGGCUCAUUCCGCCGCGCCACAUUCAUGUCGGUCCGCUGAUAAAAGGAGGGAGAAGAAGAACUCACAGAGGAAGGUCCAGGCUGCAGGGAAAUGUUUUACCUGUGAUGACUGCGGGAAAAGUUUCAGUUGGAAAAAUCAUCUCAGCAGACAUCAGAGGAUCCACACUGGAGAGAAACCAUAUGGCUGCGACAUCUGCGGGCAAAGAUUUAACCAAAACUCCAACUUAAACAAACACAUGAGAAUCCACACUGGAGGGAAACCCUUUGGCUGCGACAUCUGCGGACAAAGCUUUAACCUGAAGUCCUACCUACACAUACACAUGAGGAUCCACACCGGGGAGAAGCCGUUUGGCUGUGAUGUUUGCGGGCAGAGAUUUAACCAAAAAUCAAACUUAAACAAACACGCUAAAAUCCACACAGGGGGGAAACCCUAUGGCUGUGAUUUCUGUGGGCAAAGAUUUAACCUGAAGUCCUACCUGAGCAAACAUAUCCGCGUUCACACGGGGGAGAAACCGUUCAGAUGUUCUGUUUGUGAUCAAAGAUUUAACUUGAAGUCACAUUUAAACUUGCACCAGAUCCUGCAUUCAGGAGAGAAACCAUUUGCCUGUGACGUUUGUGGACAACGAUUGAUGCAGAAGUCUGCUUUGAACAAACACAUGAAAAUCCACAUGCAGAUAAAAUCCUUUGACUGUGAUGUUUGUGGACGACGGUUCGUCCAGAAGUCGGCGCUGAAGAGACACCUGAGAAUCCACACAGGUGACAAACCGUUCAGCUGCGACGUCUGCGGCCAGAGAUUUAACCAAAAGGCUCAUCUGAACAAACACAUGACGACUCACAGUGGAGCCAAAGCGUUUGGCUGCGACGUCUGCGGCCAGAGAUUUAACUCCAAGUCACAUUUAGCCAAACACAGAAUCAUCCACACAGAUGGAGGAAGCGUUUAGAUGGAGAGGAUGGGUUUCACCUCUGGAGGGGUCAACGGCUUCCCGUCCUCAAACGGUUCGCAUGCAGUGAACGUCUCUCAGCUAUGAGGUCAUCGCUGCCGUUACGCUGCAUCCAGCCAACAUUGCAUUUUGCUGUAUAAAUCCGUUUCUACUGAAAUAACUGUUAUCAAAAGAAGGUUUUUCUACAUGUUGUGUUUGUUAAAUGUUUUUAUUUGUUGGUCAGUAAAAACUUUCCUCUGUCA